CCCAGGAUAGAAAUCAUUUCGCAUUUUUUGGUGUGGGUGGCCUGGAGGGAAGAAAGUCUCACAGAAUAAUAAGAGUUUGGCCAUGGAGCUUGAGUUUUAUGUCAAGAUUUUUCUUGCUCUUGUGCUUCUUGCUUUCUUUGGAUUGUUUAUACGUCUGUAUAAUGGGUUGGUAGUGAAGCCAACCAAGCUUCGAGCAAGACUAGGCAGGCAAGGCAUCAAAGGACCGCCUCCAACUCUGCUGCUUGGAAACAUUCGAGAGAUUAAGAAGGCCCAAUCCAACGUUGUUAAGACUCCGAGCACGCAACCCCCUGCUACUCACAACUGCGCUGCACUUCUCUUUCCAUUCUUUGAGCAAUGGAGGAAACAGUAUGGUCAAGUAUUUGUGUUUUCUCUUGGUAACACUCAAAUCUUGUUUGUGAAUCAACCUGAUGCGGUGAGAGAGAUUACCACAUGCACGUCCUUAUCCUUGGGGAAGCCUUCCUAUCAGCACAAAGAGCGUGGUCCUUUGCUUGGUCAGGGCAUUUUAACUUCAAAUGGGACUGCAUGGGCUCAUCAGAGGAAAAUUCUUGCUCCUGAAUUAUACAUGGACAAGGUUAAGGGAAUGAUGAACCUAAUUAUUGAGUCGACAUUUACACUGCUCAACUCUUGGAAGAGCAGAAUAGAGGCCGAGGGUGGACUCGCUGACAUCAAAAUUGACGAGUACAUGAGAAGCUUCUCUGGAGAUGUCAUCUCAAGAGCCUGCUUCGGAAGCAAUUAUUCUAGAGGAGAAGAAAUCUUCUUGAAACUAAGAGCUCUCCAGGAGGCCAUGUCCAAGAAAAGUCUAUCCACUGGCGUGCCUGGAAUGAGGUAUCUUCCCACAAAAAGCAACAGAGAAGCUUGGGCACUAGAAAAAGAGGGUCGUGAUUUGAUACUGCAGGUUGAGGAGAGAAAGGAGGCUGCAUACGAGAAGGACUUACUGCAAAUGGUGCUUGGUGCUAAAAACAGUGAGCUCAGUCAAGAAGCGACUGAUCGGUUCGUAGUUGAUAACUGCAAGAACAUAUACUUGGCUGGAUAUGAGACUACCGCCGUUUCGGCCACUUGGUGCCUCAUGCUUUUGGCUGCCAAUCAAGAAUGGCAGGAUCGUGUGAGGACAGAGGUUCUAGAAGUUUGUGGAGGAGGUCGUAUUCCAGAUGCUGACAUGCUUCGCAAGAUGAAACAGCUAACUAUGGUAAUUCACGAAUCAUUGCGACUAUAUCCACCAGUAGCUGUGGUGUCAAGGGAAGCCUUCAAGGAUAUGAAAUUUGGGGACAUUCUUGUUCCGGAGGGUGUGAACAUUUGGACCAUGGUGUUGACAUUGCACACUGACCCUGAAAUUUGGGGUCCUGAGUCCUACAAAUUCAACCCGGAGAGAUUUGCAAACGGGAUAACAGGUGCUUGUAAGCUUCCCCAAAUGUACAUGCCAUUUGGGGUUGGCCCUCGGGUCUGCCUUGGACAGAACUUGGCCAUGGUUGAACUGAAAGUACUAAUGUCUCUUCUUCUGUCCAACUUCUCAUUCUCCCUUUCUCCCAAGUACAACCAUUCUCCUGCCCUUAGGUUGGUAAUAGAGCCAGAAAAUGGAGUUGAUCUGUUGGUGAAGAAGUUGUGAGCUUUUCUUUUAGACUUGUUCAACAUGAAGGCAACGCAACAUUAUGAAACAAAAUAAGAGAACAGAUGGUUUUGAUUUUUUCAGGUAAAGUUCUGUCUAGCAGAAUAGCCUUUGGGGACUGUUAUAGGGGAAGCUGCGUGCUCCCUGCAAGCCUACAUCUUCCAUAUUUCUUGUUCCCAUUUUUUUUUUCUCUUGUAGUUGGUGUAUAUGACUAAGGAGAUGAAUUAUGAAUAAGAUUUAUUUGUUGCUUUUUAUUACUUGGAA